UUUUGGUUUUGAAAUUUUCUUCAAUUUCUUGGACUUGUUUGAUGUCUUGGUUGAAUUUAACUUGAAUAACUGUCACUCAACUUGCUUUAAUUGAAUGAGAAAUUCAAGAGGGUUUAGAUUUUAAUUUUUCAAUAUUUUUUAUGUGGAAUAUAUUUUGCUUAGGGAGUUGAAUUUAUAUUCAUCUGUCACUCAUCUUGCUUAAUUGAUUGGGAAGUUCAAGAGGGUCUAAAAUUAGACCUUUGAAUUUUGAUGAAAUUUUAACUUUUAAUAUUUUUUUUCUAUAAUUCCUGUUUUCUUGGAAGUUUCACUAUUACAUGUGUAUGUAAGAUUUAUGUUAGUUUGGGUAUUUAUAAAUGGUUUAUAUUAUAAUUGAGAGUUAGGCCUAACUCAAACUUACAAAACCGGCUUGUAAGGUGAGGAUUGCCUCUACUUUAUAAAGUCAUAUUCAGGUCAUCUCACAAUCGAUGUGAAACUCUUAACAGUCUAUGAAAUUGUAGGACAUAAUCAAUAUGUAGCACCGACACAUUAGAUUGAAGUUGUGUCCUAUUUUCUCAAAUUAUAAUCGGUGCCAACAUAUCAAUGUCGUGUCCGCCUGUCCAAUGUCUACGUCUGUGUCAGUGCUUCAUAGCUAACUAGACACAAAACAUGUACAGUUAUAGGUAACAACACAAAGAUAGUAACCGAAAAUCGAGUCGAAAAUGACGACAAGAAAAAACAUGUGACACCCCAACAUGUAGAUGCACUUCCACCUUUACAAAAUCCACAUGGUUAUUGUCUAAUCAAGGAAAGAAUGACACAAGCUCUUAGGCAAUUCAAAGAGUGGACUGAACAGAAUGUUCUAGCUCAAGUUUGGGCGCCGGUGAGGAACGGAAAUCGGUAUAAACUCACAACUUCAGGCCAACCAUUUGUUCUUGAUCCACACAGUAAUGGACUUCAUCAAUAUAGAACAGUUUCUUUGAUGUAUAUGUUUUCUGUUGAUGGAGAAAACGAUGAAAUUUUAGGGCUUCCUGGAAGAGUUUUUCAGCAGAAGUUACCAGAAUGGACUCCUAAUGUUCAGUACUAUUCUAGUAAAGAAUAUUCAAGGCUAAAUCAUGCUUUACAUUACAAUGUUCGUGGAACUUUGGCAUUGCCGGUGUUUGAACCUCCAGGGCAAUCGUGUGUUGCUGUGUUGGAAUUGAUUAUGACUUCACAGAAGAUUAACUAUGCUCCUGAGGUUGAUAAAGUCUGCAAAGCACUUGAGGCAGUAAAUUUGAGGAGUUCAGAGAUUUUGGAGUAUCCAUACAGUCAGAUUUGUAAUGAAGACCGGCAGAAUGCAUUAUCCGAGAUUUUGGAGAUAUUGACAGUGGUGUGCGAAACUCAUAAUUUACCUUUGGCACAAACUUGGGUUCCUUGUAGGCAUAGAAGUGUUUUGGCUCAUGGUGGCGGUCUUAAGAAAAGUUGCUCAAGUUUUGACGGUUAUUGUAUGGGACAAGUUUGCAUGUCUAUUACCGAGGUAGCGUUCUAUGUAAUAGACUCUCAUACAUGGGGUUUCCAUGAUGCAUGUGUUGAGCAUCACUUACAACAAGGUCAAGGAGUUGCCGGUAGAGCUUUUUUGUCACAGAAUAUGUGUUUCUGCGAAAACAUUACUCAAUUCUGCAAAACCGAUUACCCUUUAGUACAUUAUGCUCUCAUGUUUGAUUUAACAAGCUGUUUUUCAAUCUGUUUACAAAGUUUUCAUACCGGAAAUGAUGAAUAUGUACUAGAGUUUUUUCUGCCGCCUAGUAUCAGCGAAUUUUCUGAACAUAAGGCUUUGUUGGGAUCCAUAUUAGCAAUGAUGAAACAAAAUUUCCAAAGUCUUAAGGUUGCUUCUGGGUUUGAACUUGGGGAGGAUGGAUCGAUUGAAAUUGUUGAAAUAUUAAAUGGAAGAGUUCAUUUGAGGCUUGAAUCUGUUCCGAUUAUUCAAUCUGAAAAAUUAUCAACUAGACAUGAUGAUGCCUCACCGAAUAUGGACGAGGGAGUGCUUCCACUAGAUCCAUUACAACAUAAAAUAAUCACGAGCUUUGAUGACAUAAAUGAUAGAGGGAUUCUUGAUGAUAAUUCCGGUGGAAGCAUAGCUCGGAUCUCUUCAUUGGAGACAAAAACCAAAAAGAAAACCUCCCAAAGAAAACGCGGAAAAGCUGAGAAAUCAAUUAGUCUUGAUGUGUUGCAAAACUAUUUCAGCGGGAGCCUAAAGGAUGCUGCAAAGAGCCUCGGAGUUUGUCCUACUACGAUGAAGCGAAUCUGCAGGCAGCAUGGAAUAUCCCGUUGGCCAUCUCGAAAGAUAAAAAAGGUCAACCGUUCCUUGUCAAAGCUCAAGUGCGUUAUUGAAUCUGUCCAUGGUGUUGAAGGAGCAUUUGGUUUGAAUUCUCCAACUACAAGUCCACUCCAUAUUGCUUCAAACAAGUUAGAACACCAAACCUCAUUGAGCAUAAUGCCAUCAGAACCUAAGAUGAACGAAAAUGAUUUUGAUGCUUCGAAGUCACAACCUCAAGAACCAUUUAUAGAAAUGCUAAUUGAAGGUGCAGAUAGUUGUUCUAAAGACUUGAAAAAUAUGUGUCCUUUAGCAGAUGCUGUUUUGGAGGAUCGUGUCCUAGAAGCUUCAAGGACUAAUCCUCCAUGUUUCGAUUACGCUCCUUUAGCUCAGAAGGAGAUAAAGAUUGUGACUAUUAAGGCAACAUAUAGAGAUGAUAUCAUAAGGUUUAGGGUGUCUUUGAACUGUGGCAUUGUGGAAUUGAGAGAAGAAAUUUCCAAAAGAUUGAAACUAGAGGUAGGGACAUUUGAUAUCAAGUAUUUGGAUGAUGAUCUAGAGUGGAUUUUGGUGGCAUGUGAUGCUGACUUGCAGGAGUGCAUUGAUAUUUUAACAUCAUCAGGCAGCAAUACUAUCAGGCUUGUUGUGCAUGAUAUUGUGUCCAUUCUUGGAAGCUCUGUUGAGAGCUCAGAGUAGUGAGGAGAGGAAGCUAGAUUCUCUGCGCACUCGAAGUAAGUAGGCAGUCGAGGGAUCUUGGCUAUUGGAUAAAGAUUAGACGGUUUGUAUUCCAACUUCCCCUAGAUCGGCUUUAAAUAGUCCAUGUGAACAUAACUCAGUUGGUAGGAAUAUCACAUUAUAUAUGUGGGGGCUGAGGUUCGAACCAGGGAUUCUCCACUUAUUCACCACAAGGAUUGAAUAUCUAGUUACUAGGCUACUUGACAAACAAAAAAAAAUCGACUUUAAAUACAACUCAUGACGAGUCAUACAAUCUUUAUUCAACGGUUGAGAUCAACAACUGCACGACAAUGUGAAGACAGAGAAUCUAGGCUAGAUAUAUAAGUCCAUUAUUAUUUAGGGCCUUUUUACAUAAGUAUCACUUUGUUUCUUGUUAUCAAAUAUAUAUACAGAAACGGUGGGAAAACUGUUUCUUGUAGAAAUAUUUAAACACAAGAAACAAUGAUGUAAUUAUUAGUGAAAAUGAGAAUGAAAUUUUUUUCUGGAAAAGAUAAGUUCCAAUAUUGUAGUGUAAAUUCAUCGGUGUGAGAAAAUACUGUGUAUAAAUUAGUUUGUAAUUAAUGAUUUGGAUUCUCAUAAUUAUAGGAUGGGUUAUUAAUGUGUUUGGUCUCUAUCAUUUAAGUGAAUUUUAAUUUAAGUGAA